AUGGCAUCAAAUCCUGAUGAUGAUGCCUUUGCAUCAUCACCCAUAACAUCUCCAUCUUGUCGACAUUGCCGUCCAUCAUUUUUCUCUAAUUCCCCGGCAUCCAAAUUUAUGGCAUUGAGACGCAGUCAAGAUUCACAUGAAACUGGCGGUCCAUUGAUUUCGCAAACUAAGUCCUAUGAUCCUGAAUAUAAAGCAGCACAAGAACAUCGAUCAGAUACUUUUAUACGGCGACCGAGUGUACUUGAUGAAAAAGCUCUUCGAGAAGCUGAUACAAAAUUCGUUCGAGAUCGAAGAAUUGAAGAGAUUACAAAAAGUUAUCAAAAAAUUCUUGAAAGUAUUGGGGAAGAUCCAACCCGACAAGGUCUGUUGAAGACAAGCAAACGUGCUGCAGAAGCAAUGUUAUUUUUUACCAAAGGUUAUGAACAAAGUAUUAGCGAUGUUGUCAGUGAUGCUAUAUUUGAUGAAGAAUGUGAAAACAUGGUUGUUGUCAAAGAUAUUGAUAUUUAUUCACUUUGUGAACAUCAUAUGGUACCAUUUUUUGGAAAAGUAUCGGUUGGCUAUUUGCCAAACAAGCGUGUAAUUGGUUUGAGUAAAGUAGCCCGCAUUGUUGAAGUAUUCAGUCGCCGAUUACAAGUACAAGAACGUCUUACUAGACAAAUUGCAGAGGCAAUCUCUGAGGCGAUUGAACCUCGUGGCGUAGCUGUUAUUGUUGAGUACAUAUGUGUAUGGGAAGAUCCAAAAUCACGUGAAGAAUUUUUAUCAUUAGGAAAAAUAUGUCGAUUUUAA